AUGGUACAGUGCCACGAUUAUUUAAUGAAGGGAAUUGUUCAUUUGCAAAUUCAAUCAGAACCAACACCACCAUUGGAAAAUAAUAAUACAAUUUUAGAAGAAGAUCAAGUAAUUAUGUGUUUAUCCAAUUCAUCAGUUAUUACUUGGAAAAUUGGUAAAUUUAAAAUAGGAAAAGAGUUUAAAAUUUCCUCACAGAAAAAGAAACAAUCAGAAGGACAAAAAUCAAAAUCGAAUACUUCUGUUUCAUUCUCAGAGUUAGGUGAACAAGCAGAAGCUUCACUUUUCACUAGUAUACCAUCCUUGUCUAAUUAUAAUAAUGUCAUUGUAAGUAAGGUGAAAGCUGGUGAGAAGAGAUUCAUUGUUGUUGGAGGAUCUGAUUGUACCAUUAGAGUUUUGGAUUAUGAAACAGGUGAAGUUAAGGCAAGUUUCUCAAAAGCCAAUCGUCAACCUAUUCUGGCCUUGAAUUUGUUUGGUGAUAAGAUUUUGAGUGCAAGUGAUGGAGUCUAUGUAAUUCAAUAUCAAGAUGUGAAGGAAGAACAAGAAAACGACAAUGAUGAGGAGGAAAAUGCUCUCGAAAAUGAAUUUGAAGAGGAAAAGAAAAAAACAAAACCAAAAGUGAAACUCAGUAAGGAAGAGGAAAGAAAAAGGGAAAAGGAAUUGAAAAAGCAAUAUCAGAAAAAGAAAAAGCCAAAAGAUAAGAGCAGCAAAUCUGCCUCAGUGACGAAACCAACUCUAACUCUUGUGAAAAAUUUCAGGCACAACAAUGCUGGUCUGGUAACAUCUGUCAAUAUUCACAAGGGUGGAAAAUCAUCCCUUUUGCUGAUUACAUCCCAUAGUGAAAAUAGUGUACGUUUGUGGGAUUAUGAAAAUGAGAAUGUGCUAUUGGUUAUUAGAGGAGACUACUGCUCUCCAGUAUUUUCCUCAUUUCUCUCAUUUAAGGGAUAUGGAAAAUCGAAAACAUUUGAUAUUUGCUCAAUCAAUGACAAUUUUGAGAAUGUUUAUGUGUGGAAUCCAAAAACUCAUGAUCCUUAUCCAACUAUUCAAUUCCAGAGUAAUACUGUCUCAACAGUUGAGGAUAUUCUAUUCAGAAAAAGAUCUUCCCACUCUAAUUCAUCAAAUAUUUUAAUUCCAGACAGAGAUUCAAAGAGUAAUCACUUCUUUUUAAUGUCCAUCUUCCAAUUUAAUUAUUCCAUACCAUUCCAAAUUGAAAAUAAUAACAUAUCUAGUUUGGGAAGAAGAAGUUCUGAAAUUGGACUUUAUGAACAAUAUGUUACUUUAGAACCUAUUCACAAAAAGGAAAUUCCACCAUUAGCUGAAUUGAAGAAAAACAUAAUGAAUAGCCCAAGCAGCUAUCUAUUAGAUGAAGUUUCAUUAGUUGGAAAUUCUCAUUUGACAUUGGUGUUCUCUGAGAUAAUACACUCAGUACUGUCACAAAUGAAACCUGGCAAAGGAAAAGAUCAAUCCUUUGAAAUACUCCAUACCUAUGACGAAAUCAUUGACCGAGAGGAUACCAAAACAAAGUAUUUGCAACAGAAAAAGCUAUCCUACACUUAUCUAAUGUGCACUCUUAUGCGUCUUAACAUGCAUUACUUUUGGGAUACUUUCAACAAAACAUCUAAAAAUUUUAUUUCCAACUUGUCAGAGCAAGAUCCAACUGCUCUCACUCGUUUGUUCCUUUACCUAAAGUUUUCUUCUGAAGGAAUAAUGGUAAUUACCGAUAUAUUAACAAUGGUUGAUAAGAUGAAAGAAUUCCUCCACAAUUUAAGGGGAAAUGUUUCCAUUUAUCACUCUUACAUGGUAGAUGAUUUAAUCUCCGUUUUGGAUCGUCAACAGAAAACUAAAGCGAUAGUCCCUUCUAUUGAUAGAGAUUUCUUCAAAACUCUCCAUCAUAUGGUUGUAACAUUUCGUUCCAACUUUACCAAGAAGUUCAUUAUGGAUAAUAUUUACAACUCGAAGGAGCAAAACAUCUUGGUGGAGAAGGAUGUAGUUCCUUAUUUAUUUGGAGUUGGAAAGAAGAAUAUCAUGAAAAUUCAACAACAAAGUGGUGCAACAAUUUACAUUUCAGGAAGGGAUAAAGACAAACAUUUCGAACCAAGAAAGAAAGAAGAUUCAAUCCACAAUAAUAAGAAUGAUAAGAAGAAAGGUGACCAUAAGAAUAACAAUAAGAGUGAGAAACCAAAAUAUCCAAAAGAAAAGAAAAAGGUACAAUAUGAUUUCUCUAAAUUCUCCAAUGUAAAUAUUAAGGGUGAUAUCAAACAGGUUGAUUUGGCCAUUGCUCUUAUAGAUAUGGUUAUUAACAACUUUUUUGAUAAGAACAAGUUGAAUAGAAGAAAUCCACCAAUUACCAAACUUGUUAUCGACCAUGAUACUAUAGAUGUAGCGAAUCAGUACUUUCAAUUUGUACCAUAUUCUCGUCUUCCUCUGAGCAUCAAAUUUAUUAAUGUGAAAAGAUCCUCACUGAGAAUUAUUCCAUCGAGUAUUGUUGAAUCCUUCAGCAAUGUAACCAAUGUUCCAAAAGUUCAUAAUUCUUCCAAGUUGGACAAUGUAACUUUUGGUUGUUUGAACACAUUCGAAAGAAGUAUUUAUUUUACCAAUGAGAAGGAGGUAUCAUUCUUUACUAAAAAGUCAUACUCGAAAGAGUUGAUGGAUUGCCUUUUGAAACCAGUGAAGCAGGUGAAUGAAUUUAAGGAGGAAAGCGGACUUACCUUGAGAUUAAGUCUUGGAAAACUCUUUUUCUAUCAGCUUCCAAACUAUAUCGAAAGUAACAGCAACUUUAUUCAAUUCUCAGAUUUGGUUAAUAUUUUAAAUAGGGAAAUUGAAUCCACCUCUCAAGAGGUUAGAGACAUAAUUUCUGGAGAAACCAGUAAUUAUCCAUCUAUCAAGAAUGAUUUCAAAUUCUCAUUUGAUGAUAAUCUCAGUAAGCAACACCAAGCAACAAUAACCUCAAAAUUAUCACCAACCGUAUCUCAAUUGCACAAAGUACUAUCUAUAGAGAUGAUCGACAAACAAUCCAAUCAAUUCAUCCAAUUGAAUAUGGCAUUGUUGGAUAGUGGUGUAAAACUCAAGUCAGUGAGAAUAGUCAACUCUCCAAUCAUGAAUAUGUUCCAUUUGAAUUUGAAGGAAAACAAUGGUACCAAACAAGAAUGUGACUAUCUAUUGAGCGCUUCAAGAAGUUCACAAUUAACAGACAUUGAACAAUAUCCAAACCUUUUCAAUUUUGUUUCCUUAUUAGAAUUCCAAUCAUCAAAAUGGAACCUCUCUCAAAUUAUUGAAUUUACCAAGGAUCAAUUCAGUUCAAAUGAAGGAGAUCUCUACAAUUCAUUCUAUAUUUCCAACAUGGCUGUGAAACACAAAUUUAUUUACAAAAUUAAUUUCACACCAAUGGAAGAUGGAAUUUCUUCAUUUGAAAUCUCUCCAAUCAACAACAACAACAAUACUGAACCACUCCUCGUCAAUCUCACAUUCCUUCAAUACCACUGCUCUCAACACUCAACUGUAACAAGAUAUCAAUGGAAAUUGAAUAUAAAGAGACAGAUUCCAGCAGAGAGAGAUGUUUCAGACAUGGAUAUUAUUUCACUUUUAGAUUUUGUAAACAUACUCACUGAGUAAAUAAUUAAAUUGAGAUUUCAAUUUU